GGUUUUUGUGAGUUGGAGCUGAGUGCAGUGAUCCUCAUGUGUUUGCAUGUGUGGAGCCUUCUGAAACAACAAUCAUUGCCCCAUUCAUUCAGUCAAAUUCACAUUCGAUUUGAACAUUUACCUAAGCUCAGCAUGCUUUUAUGCAGUGCAGCUGCCACAUAAUUGGCUCAUUAUAUAAUUGCAUGAAUAAGAAGGUCGGCAGGUAUUUUCUAAUAAAGAAUAAAGUGAGAGUAAUUACGGAUUACGGAUGAUUACUGCAAUUACUUUUCACAAAUGACAUCUGCUGACUCUAUGGACUAUAUGUCUGCAUACAUGCGCUUGUUCUGUAAACAAAUAUAUACAGUGUGUAAAAGGGGAAACAAACACAGCGACUCACCUGCAGUGUAAAUGUCCUGCGGAGAAGGAGAUUGCAUCUAAGGAACAGGUUGUUUUCUGAGAGUUAUCACCUGAGGGAAACAGGUGUACAGGCUCGGUUUGUCUGUGGGAAGUAAAAUGUUUCCAAUUCCAGAGCCAAACUGGUUCAACAGGCUGUGACGUCACGUCUGUCUCCAACCUGCUAUGAGCUUCCUCCAACCAAGCUUCAUUCGUCCACGCAUCCUGUUUGAGCGAAUGAUCUCCUGAUGGAACCCCCUUCAUAUGAAGAGGCCAAUCUCCACCCUUCCGCUCUGAGAACAGGAGGAUUCAGCUCCCCACCUCCCCCCUCCUACUACGCCUCCCUCUCAUCCCCCUCCACGCCGCCUCCCACCUACGUAGAAGCAGUGACGACUCAGCCGGAUCCAUUUCCUGUCCUGUCUGUCCACUCUGUGCCCACUACUCAGACCUCACCACCGCAAAACGCUGGAAACAUAAUACAUCCAGUCACACAAGUUGGUGCAGGACGGCGUCACCACACCCACCAAACUCAGCCAGCUGUGGUUGUGAUUCAGCCGCCGCCUGUUCCUAUCUCUGUCACAUACCUGAGAGACAUUCCCGGUUUGGUGCGCUGCCCGCACUGCCACCACACUGUCACCACACAAGUCACAUACCUGCCAGGGAAAGCUGCCUGGUGCAUGUGUGUUCUUCUGUCAGUGAUGGGGUUGGUCUGUGGUUUCUGCCUGAUCCCGUUACUGGUGCGCGGAAUGCAAGAUGCUUAUCACUCGUGCCCGCAGUGUGGAAACAAUUUGCAUGUGUACAAAAGAUGACGCUGUCUGGGAUUUACAGGCCUCCCCUUCUCCUCCUCCCUCCACCCAAAAAAGCACAACAUGGAUAGUUUGUUACGAGCUAAGCAGCUCGCCCUGGAGACAUCUGUGUGACACUACUGUAUCUAAUUAAUAAGAGAACAUACUGGACCAUACUGUAUGGAUGGACACAUGAGAGAAGGAUUGUGCUGCGAGAGCGGUUCGAGACGUUUCUGUGGACUUUUUGUUCGACAAGAAUUAAAACUCUCCACAGCUGAUUUUCCCACGGAAAAAUAAUGAUAACGAUAAUGAUAAUAAAUCUACAGGGGGUGAGUAUACGACACCAACGAAAUCAUUUUGACUUUAAAUUAUGAAUUUGCUAAGAUAUGUAUUUUCUGACAUUGACUAUGUUUACAUGUAUCACCUUAAACUGAGAAUAAGGAAUAAUCAGAUUAACACAUGGGAAGCCUUUAGUUACGCCUGCAUUUGUCUUAAUCUGAUAAAUGUCCCACAUGAGUUUUGACAGAAGUAGCCGUGAGUCAUGAUAUGACUACUUUCUGUAACAUGUGUACAAGGAUAUGAGUAGAAUUUUUUUGUAUAAACUAAUGUAUCAGAAUCAGAAUCAGAAUACUUUCCUAUUCGGAAUAAGUCACAUUACUGGUUUCCACAUAAACAUAACCAUGUUAGUCAUAGGAAACUAAAUUGUUACUUAUGUUUACUUUACACCUGUUGCUUUUACUGCUGUGUCUGCCAUGAAAAAGUCUUUUUGUAAGAUACUGUUCACAAGCAUUUCUAAUAUAUAAAACUUCCCUGUGCCAAACUGCAGGGAUCAUUCAGUCUCUUCUGUAAACAUAAAAAGUAAUAGUUGGAGAGGGUGCAAUAUAUUAUAUAUAUAUUACCAAUAUUAUUGUGCUGAUAAUAUUGUGCUUCCGUUUAUAAUACUGCGUAUAUACAGUAGGAAAUCCCUUUUUGUAUCUGACCAUUUAUUGUUUGUGCUGAUUUCAAAAAUGAGAUGGAAGAGAAUUUUGAAUCAGUUCCUGUGGAGUUUGACCUCGAUUCACUGACAAACAAGAUGAUGUUGAGUCCAUGGUCUGAAUCACCAUAAUACAAAUCAUGUUUCCAUUUCCAAUUUCCAUUCCACCACAAGAACAAAUAUUCACAUUUACCAAAGACGAUGGGGACAACUUGACCUGGUAUGGAAGCCUGAUAUUUUUAUUUUUAAAGUAAACAAAGCCUAACACACACAUCUUACUUUCAGACUGUGACGGAUGGGCAGAAUGUUUAAUAUAGAGACCAUAUAGAGUUUUGUUUACUGCUAAUUAUUUGUUUACACCAGUACAGUUUGCAUAUAUGUUGUAUUAUUGAAUUGUGGUUUUAUUACAAAUAAAUCAUCAGUUGAGAAACAAUAAUCCAUUUAUGGAUUUUAAACUAUCAGUUUAAAACCAAUCAGUUGAUCACAUAUGUAUAAAUCUCCUCCCCAGGACAUGAAAUACUAACAUUUUGGCCCCUCCCACCACAUGAGCAUAGACAAUCACUCCAUCUCUGCAGUUCCUCUGAUGCUGUCAUGCAUUUAUUGUUUGAAUUGUUUUCUCCUUCAAACUGCUUUGGCAGUUACUGAAAAUGCGGGAAUAAUGAGCUUGCACUGACAUACACUGUAUGUAUGUAGAACUUUGUGUAUUUUGUGUAAAGUACCUCAA